AUGUCCGACAAUGUCAAUGUCAACCCAUCAUGGAAGGGGGCCAGUACGGUCUCGAGUACCGUCAUCCGGAAUGUCACUGCCUCGUCUAGCCACUUGGCAUACUCGGCCCAUUUCUCUGGAAACACCACGACACUAUCCUCCAGGUUCACCCCCGUUGCGAACGGUGUCAUUUCGGGCCUCUUAUUUGUCCCUGACCUCUCUUUCGGCGACUCUUGUAUUCUAGAGACGGCAGCCCAUGUCCCCCUGUCCGCUGUCAGGCAGGCCGAUCUUCCGCCCAUGAACUAUCACCUAAUCGCCAUCGCGCCUUGGGUGAACGGCCGGUGCGCCGAGGCCUACUUGGAUGCUGCGCGGGCAGCUCCCGUGCGAUCCUUUCUCUUCUAUAUUCCCGGGACGGGAUCCGAUACGCCUCCGUCGGCCGACUCGUCCGAAUGGAACAUUGACGACGGACACAACUGGAUGACACGAACCAACUGGCCCGUCUACGCCGUUUCCGGCCUGGUUGGCGAGGUCAUGAUGCAGCACCUGAGCCUCUACUCGGGGAACGUGACUGAGGUUCCGUUUGGCCAGGACAUCAGUGAGCGCUAUUUCACCGACCCUGAAGAUUACCUUCGGAUCUGGACCGAACUCGACCUGAGCACGCCACCAUCAGGCCUCGAGACCUGGGCGUACGCCCUCAUUAUCAUCGGCGUGGUACUCACCGUCAUCAUCUCGACGUCACUUUUUAUGCACCUCGUCCAAGCCUGGCGGCGCCGGGGCCUUCGACGCCGCGUGAUCGCGGGAGAGGUCAACCUCGAAGCCAUGGGGAUCAAGCACCUUACAGUACCACAAAGUCACAUCAGGACGUUCCCUCUAUUUACAUACCAUUACGAGCCAGGGGUCGCCACCUCACCCACGUCCCCACGCCCGGCUAAACUCGGCCGGGCCCGGACGAGAACGGGCGGUACGGAUUUACCGGAGAGCACCACGGCGAGCCGGGCCGCACGGUCCGCCACCGUCUCCGACCUUGGUCUGAGCAGCCCCUUCACGGCAUCCACCACCGCGACAGAUUACCAGCCCAACUGUGAGAUCUGCCUCGAAGCCUACGAGAACCGGGUGACCGUCAUCCGCGAACUCCCAUGCGGGCACAUCUUCCACCCCGAGUGCAUCGACGAGUUCCUCCACGAGAUCAGCUCCCUCUGCCCCAUCUGCAAGGCGAGCAUGCUCCCCGAGGGAUACUGCCCCAAAGUCACCAACGACAUGGUGCGGCGGGAGAGUGCCAUCCGGCGGCUGCGCGGCCAUGUCGAGGUCCAAGACGACAGCGAAGAAACCACGCCGGUGAAACGCCAGGGGCGGUGGAUGCCUACCAAAGGCAGGCUUUUCGGUGGCAGGGGGCGCGGCCUGAUGUCAUCAACCUCGACCGAGCUUAGGGAAACUAAACCGAAACCCAAACCCAAACCCAAGGGGACGGAGCCACAGCGUGUUCAGCUGCAGUUGCGGCCAAGCAGACAGACAGAAGCCGAUGCCAAUGCCGAGCCGCAGUCGGCGACCUCGACGCUGGCACGGGAGCGGAUGCGAGAGCUGGCCGGUUAUGAACCGGACUACGGGGGGCCUAGCGGAACGAGAUGGCAGCGAAUACGCACGAGGAUAUUCCCGGGCUUCUCAUGA